ACAUUUCUCCUUGUUCAUCACUACGACAGGCAACGCCGAAGGCUGGACUCGUAUCCUCAGUGUACUACAUCAUAUCCACUAAUUGCACCAUCUGUGGACUGUUGAUUUGCUUGUAUUACAAACCCUCAAUAGCUGCACUAUUUGGCAGAUGGGCGCGUGCGGCCAGCAGAUAGCUGACUUCUUGCUCAAACUGCUUCACUAACUAGUUUUCUAAGUUGGAGAAAUAAACUUCAACGAGACACAGCGGAGGAUUCAGACACUUUUCUGAGUGUUGUUUUCACGCUCGGACAUACCUCUAGGUUAUCACUAUAUUUCGGUUUGAAUUGUUCUUCUUUCCUGCAUCUACAAGGGGGAGGAAAAGGAGGUGGACCCACGCUCAGCCGCCGGUCUCGUGGCUUCUUUGUAUACAGCAGCAGCUGUGUGUAAAUGCAUGGACACAUAGCGUCUACUGCUCCUUGAGGGACAGUUUAUCCGCCGCACUCUGCUCUUUCUUUGGGCUUCCUCCUGAAAUGAAGCAGCUAAACCAGGUGUGGGAGAGGAAUAUCUAACUUUACACGCAUCUUUUUUUUUUUAUUCCACUGUCUCAUUUACCCCAACAAAGAUUGGGUCAGUUUCGCCGCCUCUCUUUCUCCGUCUCUCUCUGUGUGUGCUUGGAUUGUAAACGGCAGAAACAAAUUGGUCUCCGUGCAGAGCAGGCUCCAGCUACAGCCGCGCGGCUCCCUCACUCACACACCAUGGAUGUAAGGUUUUAUCCGUCUGCUGGGGGAAAUUCUAUCCCAGGGGAUCCACCGAACCUGGAUUUUGCCCACUGUUUGGGCUACUACAACUUCAAUAAGUUCCAUAAUAACAACAACUAUAUGAACAUGGCCGAAGCCAACGGUGCCCUGCUUGCUGCUGGUGACACUUUUCAUACACCCAGCUUGGGCGACGAGGAAUUUGAGAUUCCUCCCAUCACACCUCCACCUGAGACGGAGUCUGGUCUGGGUCUAUCUGAUGUGGACUCACCUUUCCCAGGAAUGCCAGAUCCGCCAGCUCCACACAGGGGUCCAAUGAUCCCUCAGUUCCCCCCUCAGAGCCUGGAUCUACCCUCUAUUACCAUCUCACGCAACAUGAUGGACCAGGAAGGGUUGUCUCUCAACAACGGCCAUCCUGUGAAUAUUGGACAAGGCCAUCUUCGCCAGUAUCCUCCAAACCCCGCCAUGGUGAUGAAGUCCAUCAUCAGCAUGAACAGCCCCAACGGGAUGCUAUCAAGAAACCAGCUGACCACUAUCAACCAAUCCCAACUCAAUGCACAGCUGAGUCUAAACAUGGGAGGACCCAACAUCACCCACACUUCCCCAUCACCACCGGCCAGCAAGUCCGCCACCCCAUCUCCCUCCAGCUCCAUAAACGAAGACGACCAGGAUGAAGGAAACAGGAUCAUUGGAGAGAAGCGACCAGCCCCAAUAGAUCCCGCAAAGAAGCCCAAGACUCCCAAGAAGAAGAAGAAGAAGGAUCCCAAUGAGCCUCAGAAGCCAGUGUCAGCGUACGCCCUGUUCUUCAGAGACACCCAAGCAGCAAUCAAGGGGCAGAAUCCCAACGCCACCUUUGGAGAGGUGUCCAAGAUUGUGGCGUCCAUGUGGGAUGGACUAGGAGAGGAGCAGAAGCAGGUUUACAAAAGCAAAACAGAAGCAGCCAAGAAAGAAUAUUUAAAAGCCCUUGCUGCAUACCGUGCAAGUCUGGUUUCCAAGGCUGCAGCAGAAUCAGCUGAGGCCCAGACUAUCCGGUCAGUACAGCAGACCUUGGCCUCAACCAGCCUGUCCCCAGGCCUGGUGCUGCCUUCACCCCUCAACCAGCACCCCUCCAUGUCAGCCGCUGCCCAGGCCCUCCAACAAGCCCUACCACGGGCUAUUGCCCCCAAACCUCUGCAGAUGAGACUAGGAGGCAAUCAGAUCGUGACCUCAGUUACGGUGUCCCACCAGAACAUGUCCCCUGGGAUGCCACCCCAGAUGCUGGGCCAGAUGGGUAACGGAGGGCCCAUGGUGGCAGGUGCCCAGUCCACAGCGGUGUCUCAGAUGAGCCCACCCAUGCAACCAGUGCAGCAGCACACCAUGCAGCAGAUGCAGCAGCAGCAGCAGAUGCAGCAGCACCUCCAGCACCAUCAGAUGCAGCAGCAGCAGAUGCACCACCAGCAGAUCCAGCAACAGAUGCAGCAUCAGCAUUUCCAACACCACCUCCAGCAACAGCUGCAGCAGCACCACAUGCAGCAGCAGCAGCAGCAGCAGCAACAGCAACAGCAACAGCAACAACAACAACAACAACAACAACAGCAGCAGCAGCAGCAACAGCAGAUGCAGCUGCAGCACAUGCAGCUGCAGCAUCAGAUGCAUCAGCAGCAGAUUCAGCAUCUCCAGCAACAGCAACAGCAGCAGCACCAGUCCCAGUGUUCCCCACCGCAGCACUCUCCUGGUACUCCCCAUUCAGUGGGAGGCUCUGCAUCGCUUGGCAGCCCCCAGCCCACCUCCCAGCAGCAACCCCACCCUUCCCAAAUCCAGGCCCAUGCCCAGGUCCUGUCCCAGGUCAGCAUUUACUGAGCCAAAUGGAAAUCCUAUCUCAAAGAACAGGAAUAGAAUAAAAGCAUCAUUCCACGUUGCUUUUCUAAGUUGCACUUAAGAAGUGUGUAAGAUUUAGAAUGUUAUACAAAGAACUUGUCCAUUGUUAUAGACGGAUAUGCACACACCUGUACAGGGGAUAAACAUGUUAACUGGGGUUUUUUCUGUCAUGGGCUUAGCUAUGGCAGAAGCCUAUUAGGACGAACGCCCAGAUGUUGUUUAUUUGUUUGUUUGUGAGGUCUUUCAGUUGUCAAUUUAAAUUGACUGGGCACACAAUAUGUUGAAAGCCAUGUCUUUCGCUGUUUUAUUUAACAAUAAAGCUUUAUUUAUGAGGCCUGAGUUGUCAGUUCAGUGCAGCAAAAGGACAUAUUGAAAACAUUUCAACAAAAGGAUUUUUAUCAGCUCUGCCUGGACUGAAUGACUCACAGGAUUCUGCUGGAAACCAGUAACCCACACAUCUGUCUUUGUUCCCACACUGGCCAGUAUAUAGUGAGAUUUUCUUUACUCUAACCUUUCUCUUUCACUGGUCGCUCUGGAACUGUUCAAUGGUGUGGGGGAAAUGGUUGAUCAAAUCGUCACACGUUGGAGGCCCAGUGAUAUUUGAACGAACUUGAACCAUGUCACAAAGGCAGACAAUGUCGAGAAGAAUAAGGGGAACAGAAAAUAGAUCUGAGUGAACGACUGAACAGACUGAGACAGACCUGCCAUAAAUCAUUUAUGUCAUCACAUCACACCAUCAAACUGUAGCUGUAAUCUGCUGUACAUGUUUUGUAGAGUGGGGGCAGAAGAAACCUCCUUUAUCCAGAUGAUUGGUCCAAAAGCGUGUAAUCCCCCAAAAAUUCUUCUUUAAUCUAUUUGUUUUUACUUCAGAUGUUUAACAAUUAAAUUAUGUUUUUAUUUUGUGUAACAAAGGGGAUAUUUUAUGGUAAAUACAAAUAUCUGGAUCAAGGCAGAUGGUUUGGGGAUUGAUGUAUUUUUACUCUGCUCCUUGAUACAGUCAUUGUUUUCAAAAAAAUAAAACAAGCAGAGCCAGUUUGUUGCACUGCCAAAGCCAACUGAAAAGGCAUCGGAGGUAUUUUUGCCAGCUGUAUAGAAGUCCCUGACAAAAAAAAGAAAAUGUUGUACAUUUUUCAUAUCACCUGUUGUAAAGUUUUAAUAUGUGAGGCUUUAAUUAAAACAUUGUUAAACGACCUGUGGAUUGCUAUAUCACAUAGUGCAUUUCUGCUCUUUUAUACUUUUUUAUGAGUUACAAUAGCAGCGUUUAAUUUUGUUUGUAUUUUGCUUACAAAUCAACCGCUUUCAAAAGCUGUCCAUAGAAUAAAUGCAUAUCUGUAUGGAGUUCUUGAAAAAGUUGUUUUCAGCUCACCGUAGGAGAAGUAAUUUAAUGUUUGAGUUUUUGCUCGGCCAUAAGGAUGAAUCCAGAGACAUUCCAUCACUAAUAUGAUAGUAGCCAUAAUUUUGUAUGAAGUAUUAUAUAUUUCUUUGUGUCUCUGUUCAAAAUUAAACUAUCAAUCACAAAUA